AUGCUUCGCGAAAUCUUGUACGCCUUCACUGGCUUAGCCCUGUUGGCUUAUGCCGCAGAUUUCUAUUACAACGCUGGAGAUGAUCCAAAUGAGCCGGUCCGGAUACGUUCGAGAUUUCCCCUUAUCGGACAUGUCCUGGGAUUGAUGAAUCAAGGGCCAACCUAUUACAGAAAGACAAGCAAUUCAACCGAAGCCGAGAUCUAUACCCUAGGAUGUUUCAACUUCAAGGUAUACAUCAGUGCGUCCAGCCGGCUUCUACCAUUCAUCCAGAAGCAAUCCAGAGCUCUGUCUUUCCGACCUUUCCUCCAGCUCGUUGCGCGAAAGUAUGGUGAUGCUUCUCCUGCGACUUACGAGAUUUUUGGAGGCAGUCUGCCCGAUGACCUAAGCCAGUCGGUGAAAAUGAGCUUGGCUCCAGGCCGCCAUCUUGAUGAACUGAGCCUUCGAAUGGGCAAGAGAGUCUUAAUAGACAUUGAUGAAUUGCUUUCAGCCAAGGCAGCAGUACCGUUGUUGUCUUGGGCUAGACAUGCUGUUGUGCAAGCAACAAGUUGUGCCGUCUAUGGAGAGAAGCACCCUUUUCUCAACCAGGAAAUAGAGAACUCUUAUUGGAAAUGGAUGACAUAUCUUACUGCCCACUUGGUUGGCUGGCUCGAUGUGACGAAGAAAGGUUAUGCGGCAAGAGAAAAGGUGUUUCAGUCAUACAUCAGGUACUGCAAAACGCUCCCCCAGGAGAGCUCUCAUCUUAUGAAAGAGCAUCAACGUGUUCUGGGAGAGGCCGGGGUAUCUAGUACGGACAAGGCUAAGCAAGCCGCCAUUUUCACCAUUGCCUCCUUCAGUAACUCAGCGCCAACUUUGUAUUGGACCUUGUGGGAACUCUUCUCACGACAAGAAAUUCUCGAAGAGGUCAGAGGAGAGCUUACAGAACAUGCAGUUAUCGAGUCGGAGGACGGAGACUUCGUGCUUGACGUCGCCGCCCUCAAGUCUCAGUGCCCCCUCCUCCUCUCGGUGUUCCAAGAAACUCAGAGAACCCGCCACGUCAAUCCAAGUUUUCGCAAAGUCUUGACAGACACGCUUUUGGACGACAAAUACCUCUUGAAGGAGGGUAAUUACCUCCAAGUACCCGGAAAUGUCAUCCACAACGAAACUGGCAUUUGGGGCCCGACAGCUUUGCAAUUCGACCCAUAUCGCUUCAUACCCAAGAAGGGAGGCGAGCGAGAUAUUUCCACUGCCAGUGGCUUUGUCCCAUGGGGUGCUGCGCCGUACCUAUGUCCGGCGAGACAAUUUGCCGCAACCGAGAUUCUCAUUAUAGCUGCGCUGCUUGCCAUGAGGGCCGAUAUAUCACCUAUGAAUGGAUCUUGGGACAAGAAUCCAGCUGUCAAUUAUGCGGAUCUUGCUACCCUUUCGCCGCCUAUAAAGGAUGUCGGCAUGCGUGUACGAGUUCGAGAAGGGUGGGCUGGCAAGUGGACAGUGCAGAUGGGCGAAAGUCGAAGCCGUGUGCCUCUCGCCUCCGGGUAG